UACCCAGUUAUAAUCCUUGGGGCAAUCUGUGCAGGUGGGAUCUUCACUGGUGCCAAUCCGGGGUACACGGAGGGUGAACUAACCCACCAGCUCACUGUUUCCGGCGCUAAGUGCAUUUUCACGGAUGCCAUUCGACUCACGACCGCACUGCAAGCUGCAAGGAGUGCCGGCAUACCAAAAGAAUCUGUCGUGCUCAUUGACAACGAGGGCCGGCCUAGGCAUGAUAGCUGGCGUACCAUGCAAAAGCUGUUGGCUGAGCCAUACUUGUGGGAGGCAAUCAGCGAUCCUCUAAUUUUGGCGGAAAAGGUUGCAGUUCUUAACUUCAGUAGUGGGACAACGGGAAAACCCAAGGCAUGCAUGAUCACCCACCGCAAUCUUGUUGCCAAUGCGGAACAGACACUUCACCUUGAUCGAGUGAGCGAGUUGAGAGCAAAGGACCAAGGAUCUUCAACUCACGAUGUUCAUUGUGCAUUCCUGCCUCUUUAUCAUGCCAGUAACUUAGGUGGACUCAUGACUUAUUGCGUGGUCAAUGUACGCAGAUCUUGCACUACAGUCACCAUGCGUAAGUUCAGUCUUGAGCUUCUGCUGAGCACAAUUCAGCGGUUCCGCAUCACACAUCUACUCUUGGCCCCGCCGGUAGUUGUGAUGCUAUUGAAAAGCAAUCUCCUAUCCCGUUACGACGUGUCCAGCGUGAGGUCCAUGUUUUGUGGAGCGGCCCCCCUGCAACCGGAUCUAUCCAAAAGAUUGGAAGAGGUGUUCAGCGGGGGCAAAGCUCGCAGUCGACAGGGAUGGGGAAUGAGCGAAGCCACGAUGGCAGUCACUUUGUUUGCCCCUGACGAGUUCGACCCGUUGCAUAAGGGCGUUGGGUAUAUCCUUCCCAACAUGCAGAUGAAGAUCGUCGAUGACGAUGGCCGCGAAGUUGCCUGCAAUGAAGAGGGAGAAGCGCUCAUUCGGGGUCCAAAUGUCUUCAAGGGCUAUUACAAGAAUUCGAGCGCAUCUGAAGAAGCGUGGACCAAAGAUGGGUGGCUGAAAACUGGAGAUAUUGUGUCGAUUCAGGAGAGUGGACUCUUGACUAUUGUGGACCGCAAAAAGGAACUCAUCAAAGUGAAAGGCUUUCAGGUAGCCCCAGCCGAACUUGAGGGGCAUCUCCUUGAGCAUGAAGGAGUUAAGGACUGCGCCGUCAUUCGCGUUACAAGGUGGGGGCAAGAGCAUCCACAGGCUCACGUUGUCCCCAAAGACAGCAACCUCACCGCCGAGUCGAUUCUCAAAUUCAUGGAGAGCCGACUUUCUGCGCAUAAGAGGCUUACUGGCGGAAUAGUAUUUACUGAGGCAAUCCCCAAGUCCGCAUCUGGCAAGAUUCUGCGCCGCUUGCUUCAGGACCCUGCAACAGCUAGGCUAGCGCGCCUUUAG